AUGGCGAGGGAGGAGUGCAAGGCACUGCUGGACGCUCUCAACAAGGCGACCGCAUGCUACCACCACCUGGUGCUGACCGUGGGCGGCUCGGCGGACUCGCAGAGUCUGCGUGAGGAACUGCAGAAGACGCGCCAGAAGGCGCAGGAGCUGGCGGUGGCCACCCGCACCCAGCUGACGGCCGCGCUGCGCGACCGGGGCCUGGGCGCCGAGGAGCGCGCCGAGUUCGAGCGCCUCUGGGUGGCCUUCUCCGGCUGCCUGGACCUGCUGGAAGCCGACAUGCGACGCGCACUGGCCCUGGGCACUGCGUUCCCGCUGCACGCGCCGCGGCGGCCGCUGGUGCGCACAGGCGUGGCGGGCGACUCGGCGGGCGUAGCAGCGCGCGCCCUGAGCGUCCGCAGCUUGCGGCACGAGGCGGAGGGCAACUUCGACGUGGACGACCUGAGCCAGCUGGAGCGCGAGAUCCUUCAGGUGAGCGAGAUGAUCCAAGAAAUGGAGAUGAAGGUCAACGUGCCCCGCUGGACGGUGCAGGCCCGGCAAACGGCGGGCGCCGAGCUCCUGUCCAGCGCCAGCGUACGUGUCUCCUCCGUGGGCGCCGUGUCCGUCCAGGAGCGCACGGGGCCCUGCGACCCGAACAAGGCCCUGGCCGCCACUGUUUUCAGCGCCGUGCUGCUGGCGGCUGUGGCCCUGGCAGUCUGCGUGGCGAAGCUGAGCUGA